GACCCUGUCCUCUGCCUCUGUGAGUCAUCGUUGAAGUCCAAAUAAAACAAGAACAAGAGCAGUACUUUACCACUGCUUGUGUCUGAAAGCCUUACUGCCAAGAACAAGCCCUUUGAUUUUGGCCUUCUGCAUUUGCUGUUCCUCUGGUUUGAUUGUCCAUGAUCAGACGGACUUUAUGGAGCUAGACAAUGAUAUUGUUAGGGUGUACAGACAGCCAACAGCACAAAGAGAAAUACAAACUGAGGAGCACUUCCAGACACGCUUUGAAAGAAACCGCUCCUCUACCUUAUGCGGAGAAAUACAAAUCCCUCGGGUCCACCGACGGCUCCAGUGCAGCUUCUCGUGGGGAAGGUGCAGAAAGAUCAUACUCAAGCUGUUUCCUGUCCUGAAUUGGCUUUUUUCAUAUCAGUUCAGAGAGUGGCUCUUGAGAGACAUACACGCAGGCUUAAGUGUUGGGAUGUUUCAGAUUCCUCAAGAUUUUUGCUUUCCAGGACUGUUAGGAGUUUUGCUGACCAGAUUACCUUUGCCAGUUAUCAAUGGCUUCUAUUCUGCAUUUUGCUGCUCAAUGACAUAUGUCAUAUUUGGGACUUCACAUCAUAUCUCAAUUGGCUCAUUCAGCAUCCUCAAUGCAAUGGUGGCAAACAUUCUGACGACUCUUAAUUUCAACCAAAUAUUGUCCUCUAAUGGCUCAUUAGCUAAUUUCUCAGACCCUAGAUUUAUGAAAAAUUACAUGGAGGCUUUAACACUUACUGCAUCAACAACAUUUUUGACUGGCAUCAUUCAGUUGCUGUUAGGCUGCUUUUGUCUGGGGUUUGUCACAACGUAUUUGCCAAAGACUCUCAUUGAUGCUUACCUCACUGCAGCAGCAUUGCAUGUCAUUGUAUCGCAGUUUACCUUUAUCUUUGGCAUCAUGAUUGACUUCCACAAGGGCCCCCUGGACAUUUUCUAUAAUCUAUUUCAUUACUUCCUGGUUCUCCCAAAAGCGAAUGCCACCAGCAUAUUAUUGUUUUUGGUUUGUGUGGUCAUGCUACGAGUCAGUAAAUAUAUCAAGAUAACAUACAAGCAUAGUCCUAUUGCAUUUCCUAUGGAACUUCUCUUGAUUAUCACAGUCACAAUUAUUUCUAAUCGUAUUCAUCUUCACGCUGAAUCUAGUAUGGUUGUAGUCAGUAUGAUUCCUCACAGGUUUCUGCCUCCUACACCACCAGAUUUAUCAAACCUGAAUAAGAUUGUAUUCCAUGCCUUCUCCCUUGCUAUUGUAAGCUACUUCCUUCUUGUUUUUGUGGGAAAGAAGUAUGCUUCACUUCACAACUACAAUAUUGCCAGCAAUCAGGAGCUAAUAGCUGUGGGGCUAUGCAAUAUUUCCAGUUCAUUUUUCAAAAGCUUUGCUGUCAGCUGUGCUCUUUCUGGAACUGUCAUUCAAGAGAAGACAGGUGGAAGAACACAGUUAGCAGCAGCAAUUGGAGCAUCCAUAAUGCUGGUGUUUGUGCUGAAAUUAAGAUACUUCUUCCAGGCUAUGCCUAACGGUGUACUGGCUGCUAUUGUGGUAGUUAACAUGCUCCCAUUUCUUGAAAAAUUUCUGGACAUUCCAACCCUUUGGAGACAGGAUAAGUAUCAUUUAGUUAUUUGGCUUGUAACUUUUGCAGCAGUCCUUUGUCUUGGUCUUGAUAUUGGUUUAGCAAUCUCCAUGGGAUUUACCUUCUUUGUAAUCACCGUUAGAUCACACAGGAUGAAGAUGGUGGUGCUGGGACAGAUUCCAAACAUGAAUAUUUAUAGAAGUUUAUCCGUCUACAGAGCUGCAAUGGAGAUUGAAGGUGUUAAAAUUUUCCAGUGCUGUUCUUCCAUCUCUUUUGCAAAUAUGAAACACUUCAAAAACUAUUUGUUACGCAAGAUGGACAUGAAAGCGGUGCCUCUUGAUGAAAAUGAAAUGAGAGCUUUAAUUUCCGUUAGUCUGUCUGACACUACAGUGCGAGGAAAGGAUUUUAAAUGUGCUUGUGUCUGCGAUCCACCUGAACCAGCACCUAGGAUACCAUAUACAGAGAAACUGGUGAAGCGACAUCACACGGACAGUGAUUCCUCAUCAUCUUCAGUUAAUUUGGUACAUUGGUCAAAGUAUGGAGACAGACCCAGUUCUAGGACACUCUUGGUGGGAGCAGCUCAAGUACAGUCUGCAUCCCCAGGGCUUAAAACAGGACCUGAGAUUGAAAAGAGCCAGGAGGAAGGGAAAGGGGCUUGCCUUUCAUCAGCCCCCGCAAUAGAUAAUUCCUCAGUUCUGGUGCAUCAAGAAGGAGAACAGAAAACACGUUUGCUGUGUCCAGUUCACACCAUUAUUUUAGACUUCAGUAUGGUGCAAUUUGUGGAUUUGCAAGCCUCAGAUUUACUGCGACAGAUCUUCUAUAUGUUUCACAAUAUUGGUAUAACAGUCCUGAUAGCCAGCUGUCACUUCUCUGUAAUAGCAAUCUUUGAGAAGAAUGAUUUCUUUGACAGCUGUAUCACCAAAGAAAGGUUCUUUCUAACUCUACACGAUGCUGUGCUGGCCGCUUUGGAGAAGCAUCAAAGGCAAGAUGUGCUAGAACUUGCGAGUCAACCUACUGAGAGAGAGUUUGCUGAUGAACCAUUUGCUGAGCAGCAGAAGGAAAGAAGUUUGUUCUUGGAGAAGAACAAAGAUUUUUCCUCUGCAAAGAGCUCUGAAAACGAGUAUCUGCAUGACGAGCCAGUAUCCGUUAUCUCAGGCUCAACUCAAAAUGAAGUAGAGCCAAGUUCUCUCCAGCAUUAUGAUUCUCCAGGCCUUCAACUGGAUUUACAGCACACAGGCUGGGAGGAGAGAUGGAAGUAUACCAGCAAUCCCUGAAUUACAAGUGUUCAGGAAUUGGGAUUUCAGUAGAGAGGAGAAAGGUACAGUUAAACAACAGUUCAGGUGGUUCUUACCAGCACUUGAUCCUUCCCCCCUCCUUUUUUUUCAUUUUGUCUUUUUCAGAGUUCUUAAAAUAGACAGCUUGACUAAUGCCUCCAUUAAAUCUGUUGUUCUGAACAAAAAGCAACAUUUAUAUUAUUAUUUUGAAGUGCUUUCAAAUAGAUAUGCCACCCAGCAAUGGAGAAAGCAGAAAAAUGUCAAUGUACAAGAUAGCAUUAGCUAUAAAGCUUGGAAUUAUCAAAUAACUUGCACUUGUUUUCCAAAAGUCGGUAGAUCUUAGUUAAAAUGCUCUAACUUAGCACUUUUUAUAUAUUUAUUGCUUACUAAUAAAU